CCUGUCCCCGUGCACGAGCGGCACGUGCCGUUGCACCCGAGCGACGUAGCGGCUCUGCGCGACGAGAGGGCUAUGCUUGUGCGCAACCACAACCUGAGCGAUUUCGUUAUCACUGAAUAUAUGCCGGGACGAAAUCCGUGGAUCUACUACCAUGACGCGACAACUCAGCCUCGAGACGCAGGGCAAGUCGGAGAUGUUAUCGUGAGUAUCGUGGCGCGGACAGAACAGGAGGCGGGGGCCUGUGGUGGCAUACUAUUCGACAAGUAUUCUAGUCCCCGCAUAGACAAACGGCAACAAAAACUGGAAGAGUCGUGGAGUGAGUCCUCGAGGAGUGGCAAACCAACCUUUUCACGAACAUCGUCGCAGGAUGACACAACUUCUGACAGUGAAGUUCUAGAUGAAGAUGAUCACAUGGAAGAGAUCGACCCUAAUGUGGUCACUAAAAGAUCAUCAGCAUCAGUUUAUUUUAGAGAAAAUACUGAUACUAAGAAAGAGGCGAAUAUUACUCAUCGUCUUCGUCGGAGGACGAACACAAAGAUAUUGAAGAGCACCAAGAGCAGUAGUGCUCUUCCAAAGACAAAGUCGCUGCAGAAAACAAGCUCCAAGCCAUAUUAU